CAAAACCAGCCCCGCGGAAGGCACGCGGUGGAUGCACCUCGCAGGACGCACGGGGUGCAGCCGGGCCACGAUGCCCACCCUAAAGACGAGGGAGGAGCGGGUUGUAGGGUUUUCCCCGCAGGGCCAAAGCCUCGGCUCCCUGCUGCUGCCCUGCAUCAUGGUGAAUGAGUACAGGAAAAGCCAGAAGAGGCAGCGAGCUUGCCCAUUUUCUGUCUCCUUCCUCGAACUAGAGACGGAUUUCUCCUUGGCGAAGCAGCUUGGCACACCAGCAUCCUCGUGGUGUGCUGGAUGCCAGCACCAUCACUGCAGUGCUUGUCCAAGAUGUGCUAGGCCACAAGCAAACACAGCAACACAGGCUUAUGGUCCGGGUGAUGCAGGGGGGGUUAGAGCUGCCGGGGGGACUCACCCAUUGCCAAAAGGCCCAGGACCUUUUGCUUCCAAAGCCCCAAGGGGAACCAGGCUGUGUGCCUCCAGACUGCAGCUCCCGAUGUGCCCAGCUCCUGGUGUCACAUCACACCUCCACCGCUGCUCCAUGGGGACACACGGGUUACACAGCCUCCUCCUCCCCAAAGCACAGCCCUGCAUGGUGCUGAAGGUGAUGACAUCUCAGCAGAUCUGCAAGGCCAGAAAACCACGCUUUCAGCUCCCCAGCUAAAAGCACACCCCUUUUUGACCAGCAGCUCCAAACCUGCCCUUCAGACCUGUGUUUUUCAAAGCAUCCGCAGCGGGAAUUAAUCAAUCAAUAAUUAAUUUGCCCACGUGGCUAUGGAUUGCCCAGAGCUCUCUGCAGGUGCAGAAUUCAAUGCCAGGGAGGGGAAGGGGCCAGGCCAGGUGAUCGCUGUGCUGCCCAGGCUCACAUAACACCAGCUGCAAUGGGAGCUGCUAAGAGCUGAGUUGUCAGCACUGCAGCACCUCGGGUGCCAGUGGGAUGCACACACACGGGCUCCACUUACAGAGGGGCUGGGAUGCUCUGGGUUACUCACACAGCCUGAGCAGCACAACGCCUUCCCUCCUGCAGGUUGGUGCUGCACUCAAUGCUCCGAUGGCCUCCGGGGUUUCCUCCAGCCCAAGGCUGCUGCUGAAACUGAUCACCAUCACACAUUGCGAAGGAUCCCAAACCAUCCCUGGUUUUAUUUCCUUUUUUCCAGGCAGGACACAAUGGAGCCUUUUUAUCUCUAUGAUCUUGGAAUACAGAUAGAAAACAAAGCUAUCCAGAGGAUCCUUUGCCCCAUGGCCGCAGAGCUCUGUCAUCUAAUGCUUGCCCUGGAACAGGAAGAUGGAACGUGUCAGACCUUACCCAACAUAGAGGAGAACGCAGAAAAAUUAGCCAAAGCCACUGAUGAACUCGCUUCUGCCUCAAGAAGGUAAUUUUGCUGGGUGGUGGGUGGUAGAUAUGGGAUGAGGAUGAGCUGAGCCUCAUGGCUUUUCUUCCAGAUUGGCCGAGCAGUCCAGUGACAAGGCGUACCAGGAGGAGACACAUCUCACAGCCGAAUCCCUUGUGCUGGCAGGGAGGCACGUGUUGCAGGCAGCCCAGCAGCUGCAGGGACAGCCGGACAGCCCUAGCCACAGGGAGGUGCUGGCUGCAGCAGCAAAGGGCAUCCUAACCGAGACUGUGAAGGUAACACCAGAGGGGAUGGUGCUGAAAGGAGUGGAGGGGAGGAUGCAGCUGCAGGAGGGACGAGAUGGCCCCUCUGCUGGGGAGCACUAGUUGGAGCAAUUUUGUUCAAUAGGAUGAGAAGGGAUGGCCUCAAGUUGCACCAGGUUGUAGUUCAGGAUGGGCAUUAGGAACAAUUCCUCCUCCCAAAGAGCGGUGAGGCGCUGCCACAGCUGCCCAGGGAGUGGUGGGGUCACCUGGAGGCGUCCCAGAGCUGCAGGGAUGUGGCACUGAGGGAUGUGGGCAGUGGGCACAGUGGGCUGGGGUUGGACCGGAUGAUCCUGCUGGUCUCUUCCGACCUUGAUAUGCUAGGAUUCCCUGUGUGCUCACUAGGAGAGGCCUGCUGGACAAAACACACCUCUUUUCUCUCCAGCAGCAGAUACAGUAUCAUUUCCAGAGGGAUGUAACAGUGAUGCGUAACCUUAGCCACACUGACUGUACUUUCUGCUGUGCUAGAUCCUUCAGAUCGAAGGUGCUGCCGGGGCAAGGAGCAUAAUGCAGGCUGCCAGCUGGCUGUUGGAGUGCCUGGGCACACUGCGGGAUACAGGGGACAUGCCAGGGCUGCUGGCUGCUUUCCAGGACUUUUCCAAGGCUUUGCUUCUGCUGAGCAAUCUGACAGCACAGCACCUCGAGGAACUCCAAGAUUCUCCUCGACGGACCAGCUUGGCCCAGACAUUGCAGCUCCUUCAGAAGUGCAUUCCUUUGCUCCAUGAAUCCAAGCACAGACAGCUUAAAUGCUCCUGUGCUCAACAAGUCAACUUCUCCAAAAACGAUGCUUUCCAGCUGAUGGAUAGGACCAUCCAAGAGCUUGUUUCCUUGCUUGUCAACAGCACGGGCAGCAAGGAGCUUCAGGACAGACACGGGACCUUCUCCCAUCAUGUGCAUAGGCUGCUGGCUCUCCUCAACCACCCAGACCCAGUGCACCUCUCUGACAGCGAGCUCAGCACUCACGUGGAAGCAGUAGUUUUCCACUGCAUGCUUCUAGCAGAGAUGUGCAGGGCAGAUCUGAAGCAGGAUCUGGUAAAACGUUGCUGUGUUCUCCUACGGCUCAGAAAGAGCAUUUGCUGCCACAUAAGUCAGCAGGAGGGAUGGACAAUGCCAAGCUGGGGAGAAAGCAGCCUGCAGGAGAAAUGUCACACCAUGGGAAAGGAGGUGGAGGACCUUGACAAGGCUGUGCUCAAAGCUACUCUGCACCAAAUCCUCAACACCUUCUCCGAGGCCAAGGAGCCCUUGAGGCAGUUAGUAGAGGAAGCUCUUACCCUUGCAGAUACAGGGUGUUUUCCAGCAGGGCAGGGAGGAUUACUGAAGAAGCUUCAGCCCCUCACUGCCACCUUUUUCGCACAUGCCCAGCAGAUGCUCAGAGUGGCAGACUUUGUCCUGGCCAGGUGCACCAAAACCCGAACUGCUAGAGAAAUCCACGACAGUUUAGAGUACUUAAAGAGCCUCCUUGCCAGUCUCCCUCCAGCGCUCACAGAAAUGAGCAGAAAUCCAACCCACAUGAGCACUGCUCAGCAGCUGCAAUCCUUGUACCACGCAUGGGCUGGGACAACAGAAAGCCUCUUACAGUGUUUCGAAGAGACAGUCAGCAUGCAUGAAUUCCUGAAGCUGUCCAUCCAGGAAAUGGCCAAGCACAAGGAAUGGUGUGACAAGGCCCUGCAAAGCCAGGACCCCAAAAGGCUCUCUAAGCAUGCUACCAGCCUCACCAGUUGGGCUCGGUGGGUCGCUGAAGCUGCUGCCAGGUAUGUGGAUAGAACAACAGACCCCAUUUUCAGGAACGGCUUGCUGGUUUGGAUUGAGCAGCUGGCCAAGGCCAUUCUUGAGCUGAAAGCAGCCAAGGCCCUUUGCACGGAGCAAUGCUCCUGUCUCCAAACUAGGGAUGUCUUUUCAAGGACGAUGAGCUGCCUGAUGGAUACUGCUCACUGCAUUCAGGAUGGGCUGGAUGGGUCCAACCACCCAGAUAUCCUCAGCCCUCUCCGGGAACAAAUACGGAAAGCUGACGUUGUGAAGGAGCUUCAACUCAGCUCAUCCUAUGCUGGGUUAAAAAACAUUAUCAGUCAAGCUAAAUUGCAAGGAGGUAUCUUAAGUCAUCCGUCUCCACAAGCAGGUAACUCACACCCAAAUAUUGUUCCAAGGAAAGGAGAAAUGCACCCUGUCAUUACAGCACUCCUAGCAGCUACAAGAGCCCAUGAUACAGCAGCUGUGAACGCUGCCUGCUCCGCCUUGCUCGAAGUCUCCAACUGCUGUAUCAAUGCAGCAAAGGAAGCACUGCCUGUUGCUGCUUCUCCCCAGAUGGAGACACUGGGGCAGUACCAGAAGAUUAUCUUACUGACACCAUGUGUUAUUAGUUUGGCCAGGGAAACAGCCCCAGAGCAGCUCCAACAUCAAGGCAGACUUCUCCAAACUGCACUUUCCCUCUCAGAAACCAUCUGUGAGACCAAAGAGUGCCUGGCAGCCAUGGCAGGCUCUUGGUACAGUCUGUCUCAACAAGUGCUUGGUUUUAUCUUGGCCGCUGACUUUAUGAGCAGCAAACAGGCUUUGGAUGAGACCAUGAUGGGUUUAGCAGGAGCGGUUCAGAUAGCAGAGGACAUUGCAAGCACGGCCUGUAAUAAGCAGAAUCCCAUCUGUCCUGAUGUCUGGGAAAACUUUCUACAGGUCCAAGCCAAAUUUUCACAUGCUCAGAUGAAGACCAAAGUGUUACUUGAGAAAGCAAUGUCCUUCAAGGGCUCCUGCAAGUUGGGAGAGGCCAGCCUGGAGCUGCGCUGUGUCCACUGGGCUAUCAGCAUGCAUGUGCUCCUGAGUGCUGUGGAUCAGUUCAUAGGCAGAGACAUCCUGUUCCUGAGGGAGCUAAGAAGUGCCAUGGAGAACAAGCUUUGUUCGCAGAGCCUCUUGGCUGCCGUGUCUGAGACCUCCCUGAGGCUGCAGGAAGCUGCCCGGCUCUCUUACUUCACUUGCCCUGAAGACUGCGGCCGCAGUGAAAUCCUCACCCUCAGGGAGGAGAUAAAGGUGCUGAUGGAAGCACUGCUGGAUGCCUCCAAUAUCCUCUUGGUCUCUCCGCUGCCUUCUGCCAGCUUGUAUAUUCGCUUUGAGCUCCUGCAGAGAGACUUGGCCCUCAGGGCCAAGGCAUUACUGCUCCACCUGGAGAAGACCAACAGCGAACACCUACAAGUCAUCCGAGAUGUGGUUGGACCAGCCCUAUCUUUCUUCCCCAAAGAGUGCAGGGAGAUGAGCCAAAAAGCUUUUAAAGAGAAAGCAGGUCAGCUAAUGGCCAACAUUCAGUGGGUCAAAGCCACCCUCCAAGAUGUCCUGGAGACCACCGCACAACUGCAGCCACGGGCAGACCUGCUCUCUGUUGCAGACCACCUCCUGGUCCUCACAUCUGAUGCAGUGGACAGUGCCAGCCAGCUCUUCCAAAGCCACCAGGACAAAAGGCACCUCCACCUAGACAGCAUUGUCUGGUACUGGUCAGCUAAAGCACACUACCUUGCCACGCAGCUUCAGGCUGUCCAUGGCAUCAAUGGACACAUCCUGGAACUCAUGAGACAACACCUGCAAAACGUGGGGGAUCAGUGCUCUCCAAAAGAGUGCAGCAGCACAGCCAAGCUCUCCCCAGCCCGAGAGCUCGAUGUUCUGAGGCCCACCAAGUCAGCAGAAACUUGCCUGAGCAGGAGUGGACAAGCAAGCAGAGCUGUCAGAGAGGCACGCAAAACGGUACGGUAAUUUUUCCCCCAUUAGUGCAGUGUGAUGAACACUGUUCAGUAGGAGAAUAACUGAGGUUAGCAGGGAUCUCGUGGAAAUCAGCAGUCCAACCCCUGCCCGCGGCAGAGCCAAUUUGUUUGUUAGAUCAAGCUGCUGGGUGCCCCAUGCAACUGGGCUCUGGCUAUCUGACCUGAUAGAGACCUUUCCACAAAUAAAUCCAUCUCCAAAACACUGUUCCUAAGGAGCAGGGAACUGUACUGCCCUUCCUUUCCCUGAAAUACUCUUUCUGCUCAGCUCCUCACCUCUCAGUGAGCUUUCCUCAGGAGUAGCAGCCACCCUGCUCCCACAAUUGCUGCCAGUUGCCAGGUGCUGGCAAAGGCUUCAGCAACAUGAUCCAAAUCACUCUGCAGAGCAGUUUAAGAGUAUUUCAUUGCACUUCUCAACUAUGGGCACUGCCAACUUACACUGCAGUUACCACCCAUUUGGAGAUAGCUCCAGACAAUGGCACGGGGCAUUUGAACUCAACAAUCCCAUUGUGGGUGAAGGCAGAAGAGAAAAAAACUGUGCAGGAAGGCAGAGUAGACUCAGCAGCAUUGCAGGCAGCCAUCCCACCUCUUUACUCACCAAAAACUGCUUCAGAAACACGCAGGCAGGAACUUCUCAAUACUGAUACAAUCUGCAUACUCUAGACUUUUAACUGUUCAGUUGUUGUCUCGACAGCAAGGGAACCGUCCUCUCAGUACCUUCUUUGCAAGCAGCCCUGGGAAGCAAGAGAGAGAAGACAGGGAGAGAAUGCAGGGAGGUGCCAGCAGGAUGUCCCAGAUGACCAAGGACAUGGCAGUAAGGAUGCUUCACAUGACUCAGUUCCUGAGGAAGAAGGGCCCCAUCACGGUAUGGAGUUUCUCACCCCCUACAACUCAUCACUUCUGUAGGUAUAAAGAUGCCUUCUAGAGGAGAUACCCAAAUGCCCAGUGCCUGCUGAAAAAUCCAUGUUAUCCCAUCCUACUAAAAGUGGCACUGGGUGCACUUGCCCCAGUAAUUUCAGGAAUUACUUUCCUGAAAGGAGAUGCAAGUCCAUUCCUCAUUUCAGAAUACACCUGGCCUCUCUGGAUGCUCCCAUCUUACAGGAAAGAUGUUUAUUUUCCUCCUCCCCAUCACAUUUCCAUUUUGUUUUAGAGCAAGGAGCAGCUUGUGGCCUGUGCUAAGCAAAUAGCUUCUGAUGGGCAGGCAUUUGUUACAUUCGGCCGCAUCAUUGCAAAGAUGUGCCUGGACAAGAGAUGUUCUGCAGAGCUGCUGUGUGCCACUGAGCAGACCCACACCAUCAGCAGCCAGCUCACCAUCGUGGCCAGGGUAAAAGCAGUCACUGCUGAGAGCAAGUCCUCUUCUGAGCUGCUCGUGAGCAACGCGCAGAACCUCAUUCAAGCAGUUUUACAUCUUCUGAAGGCAACCGAGGCAGCAUGCAUCAAAGUAAGUUAAUGCUGCUAACACUGACUAGGUUUUGCAAGGUGAGCUUGUGCUAUGGGGUGCUCCUUCAGCCACAUCUGGUGGUGGAGAUGCAGAAGCUGGCUGCUGAGGGACCUCAAUAGCUAGGGGUCAAGAUUCCUACUGCUACAUUUCUGUUUUAUGCCUUUCUGUUUUGUUUCCAAAGCCUCCUCUGCAUUUUUUUCCAGGCAUUGAAUCUGCUCUAUCGCUGCUACCAGCUUUUAAGUCAUCUUUAGCUGGUCCAUUUCCCAUUUCAUAUUUGGAGAGUGGCAGCACCUCAUUGGAGGCCUUUAUUUGGAAAUAGUCCAUGUCAGUCUUAGCCUUCGUGUUGUCUCUAGAUGGGCUUUGAUCACAACUCCCAAGAGCUUGCCUUGCAGCUGCCAGCAACGGCUGACUGAUCCAAUUGUAAAUAGUUUGUGAGAGCAGACUUGAUGUGAAAGCACUUCAAAAACAAGCACAAAUACAACUGCACUCUGCGCCGGUGCAGUUUUUCAUUGUGUGCCUUAAUCUCCUACAUAGCCCUGCAACCUCUGCUGAGCUCCGUGUCUUUUUGACAGAGUUUUGAUUAGAAUCUUGGUUGAUGGACAAUCAGCAAAAAGCAAGGGAAAGCUCCUCAUGUCCAUCAUUACCUAUGCUGUUUAAAGUGUACUGUCUGGGUUAUCUGCUGGCAGCACAAUGUAAUGAGCCAUUCUUUUAUCUCGACUGUCCAGAUUACGAAGUCCUUUAUGGCCCAGCUGCUCCCCUUUCAAAAUGUAUGGGCCCACUUACCAAUAAGCUGACGAGACAGCCUUAUUUUUUCUCUCUCUGUAAGCAGGUUUUUAAGCACGUGAAGAAUUUUUUAAGCAUUAACUAACAGAAACGUGGCAUCACUCGUACAGACGUCGUUACGUUCUGCCAUAUAUAAUUUGUCUUAACGUCUUCAAGCACGUAAAUAUUUGUCUCCUUCCAAUAGGGCUUGCGACAGCCUGCUCCUGACUCUGAAGAAGCAGCAGCUGCUGCUUUUUGCACCGAGUGGAGGAAAAACCUGUCGUGGCACAGAGCCAAGCAGUGCUUAAACUCAGACAGGGAUGAAUUAGGCCUCCGCAAGACUCAAGCGAGGGCUGAGCCCACGCUCACAGCCAUGGUGCAAGGACAGUCGCCUCUGAUCGGUGGUACCCCCCAGUGUCCCAAAUCUAUUAAAGGACAUCCAACUAUGGGCAGCCACCUCUAGAAACAGGAAGGCAUUUCUGCUGCUGCUGAGCUGCCCAACCUUGCAGAUGUGAGACAGCUGGGGCUCUGUGGCAGUGAGGCUUCUGAAAUGCUGAGGGAUGGAAGACGCCGUUUCAUGAGGUACCUUCACUGCAGCAAGAAGUGCCAGUUUUUGUGCUCUCCAGAUGCAAACAGAAAGAU